UCCAUUUUCAAUCGGCAACACGACGACGUGGCACGAUGGAGCUAGCGUAUCAGUACACGAAGCCGCGGCGGACAUUUGGACGGUACUGCGAUUUCAAGCAUGUCGAUGCCAAGGUGAUCGAGUCGAUCCCGUCCACGGACCAAUUCGACCACGACUACGUAAAGCGGCGGCCCAUGAUCGGUAGGUUGGACACAACACCAGACAUGUCGGAGCACGAAGUCAACACGGAGAGGCUUGUGACCAAGAACAGCAGCAUGCGUCAUGUCGAAGGAGGGUGGCCCAAGGAUGUGGACUCUGCCGAGCAAAACGACGUCCAGCGCUUCCGAAAAAAGGUCGAAAAGGACGACGAGUACAAGCAAGCAGUCAAGUUUCUUGGUCCUGUCGCGGAGCGCGGCCUGAAGCAAAACAACACGAUCAACAUCUAUCAAGACUAUUUCGCACACAUGGGCGAACCUGCGACGACCGAGCAACCUAGCGCCAAGGGGUUGGCAGUGUUUCGAGACCCUGAGUCCGUUCGACGAACGGUGUCCAAGAUCGACUGGCACCCGGAAUCACCACAACGCAUGGCGGCAUGUUACUGCAUCCUCAACUUUCAGGACCCCAAAUUCGUCAACUCGCGCAUGCCGUCCAACAGCUACAUUUGGGACGUGAUGAAUCCAAACACGCCUGAAGUUGUUCUCAAGCCCUUGAGUCCGCUGUGCUGCUUGCGAUACAACCCCAAGAGUGUCGACCAGCUUGUCGGUGGGUCGUACAACGGACUCAUCUCGUUCUUUGAUAUUCGCAAGUCGGGCAGCUCGCCUGUCGAAACGUCCAUGAUCGAACAUUCGCACCACGACCCGGUCUACGAUGUGUUUUGGAUCUCGUCCAAGACAGGUAACCAGUGCUGCUCGGUGUCGACGGAUGGUUCGAUGCUUUGGUGGGACAUUCGACACUUGGCCCAGCCCACGCAUCGAAUCCUGCUCUCAGACAAGGACGGUCAAGUCCUCGGUGGCUCGAGUAUGGAGUACAACACGGAAGCGGGGCCAACCAAGUACCUUGUGGGGACAGAGCAAGGUGUAGUGCUAUCCGUCAACCUGCGCAACAUCAAGCAAAACAACGGGAUUGUCGUCUACGACACGGGCGCAGGAAAGCACCACGGCCCAAUUUACACCAUCCAACGCAACCCGAGUCAUAACAAAUUCUUCAUGACAAUUGGUGAUUGGACCGCGCGAGUGUGGUGCGAGGAUCUCAAGACGCCCAUCAUGAGCACCACGUACCACGAGUCGUACGUGACAGCGGGGUGCUGGAGUCCGACACGUGCAGGGGUGUUCUUCGUCACACGCAUGGACGGCGUCGUUGACGUGUGGGACUUCUUCUACCGACAGAACGUCGCGGCGUACUCACACAAGGUUGGCGAUGUCCCGCUCUCGGCGAUCAGUGUGCAGGGGAACAGUCAAUCCGGGGGCAAGCUCGUCGCCGUGGGCGACUCGAACGGGAUGAUCUCGUUACUCGAGGUGUCGGACGGGCUCGCGAUCCCGCAAUCCAACGAGAAGGCCGCGAUCAACGGCAUGUUCGAGCGCGAGACGAAGCGCGAGAAGAACUUGGAAGCACGGGAGAAGGAACAGAAGCGCAAGAAAGCAACGAUGGACGAAGGCAAGGUCGACGAACUCCCUUCUACCAAGGACGAAAAGAUGGAGGAACUGCUGCGGACGGUCGAUGCCAACUUCCUCAACAUGAUCAAGGAAGCCGAAGACACUGAGAACAAGAACAUGGAGCACAAAACAGACAGCAUGAAGCCAGGCGACGAGGACAACUAGGGGAGUUAGACGUAGCAAGCGCUGGAUGCGGUGAAUGUUCGAUACGUACAAACUGCAUUGACGGGCCUCACCCACGCACGUUUAGCCCACUCAUCGCGCGACUACGACGCGACUAGCAGAACCUCUCGAUCGAACAAUACCGCCACUAUCGAUCUUCGCGCAGGCCGCGCAUACA